AUGGCUUUUAGAAAACAUAAACCACCUUCUUUCAGUGGAGGCUACGACCCGUUGGUGGCAGCAAAAUGGCUCCAAACUAUGGAGAAAAUCUUCAGGGUGAUGAGGUGCCCUGAUGCAAUGAAGUUGGUCUACUCUGUGUAUAUGCUGGAAGAGGAAGCUGAGGAUUGGUGGACCAAUACAGUGCAGCCCUUAGAAGCUGAAGGCCGGGAAAUCACCUGGCGGUUGUUCGAGACUUUAUUCUUGGACAACUACUUCCCUAGGGAGGCUAGGGAGCAGAAGCAGAACGAGUACAAUGAUCUAAAGCAAGGGUCGAUGUCAAUUGACCAAUAUUUUGCUAAAUUCAACGAAUUGGUGAAGUACGCCAACUAUGGGAGAGCCUUACCUACUCCGGCCGAGAUGACCUCUAAAUUUCAAUGGGGUCUGAAUGAGAAAAUGUCUCGGAAGAUGUCUAAUUGUGAUAUCCGAGAGUUUAGCAAGUUUGUGAACCAAUGCCGGAAAGUAGAAGAAGUUUAUAAUGUGGCAAAGAGCAAGAAGUCUUCUGGGACACAAGCUUCAGGUGCUAGUGGAGCAACUGACUCUACUUUAGAAAACAAUAAGAAAAUAGAUGACAAGAAUGGAAAGAAGAAAUUGCAAGCGAAGCAAUCUGAUGAUAAAUUUAAGAGAAAAGGCAACCAAGGAGAGACAGUUAUGAGUGAAUUCCCCCUGUCUAAAUGUGACACCUGCGGGAAGACACAUAGAGGCACAUGUUGGUACGAAACAAAGUCGUGCUUCAAAUGUGGCCAACUGGGUCACUUUGCUAAUGUAUGUCCUACCAGGACUUAUCGGAUUUCAAAUGUACACGCAAUUGUUGGAUCUCGAGUAAGAGGUCAAGAUUAUACCUUAGAGCCACAUGAUGGGGAGGAAACUCUCAGGCAAGCAGAAG